AUCAAAGUGGACUCCACAAAUGACGCCUUCAACUGAAUUGUAUGAAGCAGGAGCUUGAGCAAAAACCCCUUCCUAAGGUUCUCGAUAUGCUGUUAAAAACUGUGAAGCAUGUGAAUUAAUUCCUUUAAAAACUCAUGACGGAGAUUUCUGAAUGAUUUUCUCGGCAACAGCAACAUGUCCGAUUCGGGUGAUAUCUCGAAGAUCUUUAACUGUGCUGGCUUUGUGUCUGUUUGCUUACGUGUACUGGCUGCACUACCGCUUUCACGUUCAUGUCAUCUCAUCCAAACAAAAGAAUUCGAGAACAGUAAAGAACCACACUCGCAACCAUGAGAUCUACGCCGACUUUAUGGAAACUUGGUGUCGUCUCAAGCGACUGCGCACAGACUGGAAAGGAUUAUUACGAUCAUGCGCAAAUAACAUGGAGUGGGGAAAGAGUACCGGUUCAUGGCGUGACCAAAGCAGAACAGAUGCUGCUAAAAGCUAUCUGACAUUGUGGGAUAUUAGACCUGCCGGGCAGUUUAGUCGAUUUGAAAUCCAGUCUGUAACGAAAGAUAACCUUGACAAGAAGAAAGGUGGAGACUCUUGGCGGGUUCAUGUACGAGGACCUUCUUCGAUGUCUCCAACAGUAAUUGAUCAUAAUAAUGGGAAGUAUGAAGUCAUUUUUCUUGUUCUGGAACCUGGGAAGUAUGAUGUAGAGGUGGUUUUGGAGUAUUCUUCGUGUGAUGGAUAUAAAGAUCCACCAAAAGAUUGGUUUAUAAAAGGAAACGCCCAAGGUAGAUACCAAACACCGGAUGCUCUUCCUAGUCGUGAAAAGCCAUUUCUGUUAAGUCCAUUGUGGAACGGUGCGCCAUUCACUAUCCAUAUUCCACGAUCCCCUGAACCUCUUUUCGAAAAGGUUAUUAACAAGUUUGGCUCUCUGAACACACCAUGUGGGGUAAAAUGCUCUGAUCUAUGGGACGGUAAUGGGAGAUGGGUCAAUGACACAUGGAAACCAUACUUAACUGACAAAUCUGGCUCGUUAGAAAACAGCUCGACAAGAAAACUAGGAACACUGUGGAUUUACGGAGACUCAAUUGGCGAUUUCUUCUACAAGUCCGUUGUCAAACAGCCCCUGUGUAAAACAGUAUUCCAAAGAUGUAAUAGCACCUACAACUGGGUCUACGAAAUUCCCAACAGAAACUUGACCAGAGCUCGAUUAGAGAAGGAUGACAAAGACUUCAGUAUUAGGAGAGUUCUGACAGAGAUCUUUCACGUGAUCGAUCAGCCUUUUAUGGGCAACGCCAAAUCCGUCUUGGUCCUCAAUCUAGGUCUGCACUACGUGCACACAAUAAACUUUACGUCUUACAAGACUUUGAUUGACAAAACAAUUAGAUUGUUAAAUGAUAGAUUUAAGACGGACGGUAGAUCAUGGAGGUUUAAAGGAAAUCUUAUCUGGAAGACGACAACUGCUAUUAAUAAAGAGAAGUACGGAGACCCAAAAACCAAUGCGCGACAUUCGACCAGUAUUAGAUUUUUGACUUAUCAGCGUGUUUUAUUAUUCAACGCCUACGCUAUGGACGCCAUGUGCAAAGCAGGUGUCGAUAUACUUGAUGUAUUUCCUAUCAGUGACGCAUAUCCCGAGGGCACUGGGCUGCCUAGAAAACCUUAUGACGCGGUACAUUUUAAGCCUCACGUGUUUCAGCCAGUCGUGAACCUCCUUCAAAGUUAUUUCGGUAGUCACAAGUCACCCUGACUAAGGUUCCAGUUCACAGGAGGAGUUGAGCACAAACUAUUCUAUUUCACAUCUUUUUUCAGCGAAGAUUACAACGGAUGAACGGGUUGAACAAUUGUUCAGUUUCCGCCAGAUCAGAGAAGCUUUACCUUUCGCGGUAUAUUGAGAUUCUAGGCCCCUCACGACUCCCAUCUCAGCAGCAGUGCCACACUUCAGCCUAGUUCUAAGAUCGUUGAAAGCGACAAGCAUCUAAAAGGACUUCUGUCUUGCAUCGAGUAAUGAAGCAUUUGACUCAUUAUAACGCCUUCUAUCGUUCAGAGCUUGGUAAAUGAAAAUGUGUGAAGCACGAGGUUUUAAGCUUUUAAACGCCUUCAUAAUGGACGAGUGUCUCUUUUGAAGUCGAAUUUUUUUAUUCAUAACCCUCAAAGGAAGAAACUUAGUAAGAAAAUAAACGCCUAAAGGGCUUAAAUUUUA